GUUUGUUUUAUUUGCAUGCUUGUGUUGCAUAUGCAACACGAGGUUUCAAACCAACUUUGACGACAAAACCUGAGCAUCUUUCACCAAAACUGUGGACGUUUGUGGAAAAUGACUAUUUCAAUAGUUUACAAACUGUUCUUAUACCAUUUCGUUUUUUCAUUGAUGUGGAAGACAAUCAAGAAGCUGCGCAAUCUGAAAUUCCAGAUUUUGCCACGACUGAGUUUCAUUAUGUUAUGAAGCCGAGAGAUGAAUUCUGUAAAACAGGAAAUGUCGAUGACCACUUGCUGCUCAUUUUAGUUAAAAGCUCCGUGCACCAUUUUGACCAACGAUGUGUGAUUAGGGAAACCUGGGGGUCUACUUCUAACAUUUCGAAUGUACAGAUUAAAGUGGCAUUUUUAUUGGGUCUGUCGACAAAUGGUUCCCACCAACAUAAUGUUUUGGUUGAAGAUCGUCAGCAUGGCGAUAUCGUGGUGGGAUCUUACUAUGACGCUUAUAGAAACCUGACUGUCAAGUCUUUAAUGGGCUUGAAAUGGAGUUAUCAGUUUUGCGGAAAUGCCGACUUUGUUUUGCUUGUUGACGACGAUGCAUUUUUGAACCUACCUAUUAUUCUACAAAGCUAUAUUAUAAAUACAAAGAAUUCUACCAAGAGAAAUGUUCUUCAUUGUGGGAAUGAGCUUUUAAAAAAAGCCGUGGUUGAGCGAAAGGGCAAGUAUUUCGUGCCAGAAGAGGUUUACGAUUUGCCUUUCUAUCCUGAUUACUGCAACGGAAUAUGUUUUAUAAUGUCGCAUGAUAUCGCUCAUACACUGUACCUGACUUCGAAGCGAACACAUUCAGAUAUAGCAAUUGAUGAUGCUUACAUUACUGGUAUUUUGCGAUAUAAGGCUCAGGUCCCGCUUGACACGAUGCAAGCCGGGUCAUGCUUGUACUUCAGUAACGAUUUGGACGACGUUAAAACAAAAUUGCGGGAAGAAUGGCAACGAAUUAGUACAUCAAUUACUGAUUUAUAGUACUCGCAUUAUGUUUUUUUACUGUUUACAGUGUUUAAUUUUGACCAACCAAGGCAUAUAUACUCGGCGCAUGCGCAAUAGCACCCCGUACAAAUAUAUCAGUCAGAACAAGUAUGUCACGACACCGUAUAAUCGUAUAUAAACACUCUGUUCUAUUAACGCUAGAUGUCGACAAAGAUUUUAACGAUCUGUCUUGACGUGUCUCCUGUCAAACGCGAGAGACAUAACGCGAGCGGUAAAGAGGUUUUUGAGUGUUAUAGUACCGUCAAUAUUGCAUAGUCGUUAGAAAUAGAAUCUAUUACUAUUGUUAUCAACUAUUAAAGUAAGCUGUAAAGCAUUUCUUUUAAUUUAAACCUUGAAUUAUCGUGUGGUUUUGGUUUAGUUAAUGGCAUCAUUAUUUGGUUCUUCGGUCAUUACUCUUAAAACUUUGGUAUAUCUGUAAUAAAAGCUGAACAAAGGACAAA